AUGAUUACAUCGCAUGAAGGCUUCACGAUAGAUGUGGUCGCAAGAUGGCUUCGAAAAUCUUUUCUAAACCCGUACCUAUCGGUACCAUUCGCCGCUGGUGUGACGAUGGUGUCGGCAAGAAAGAACGGAGCAUCCGGGUUGCUGGAUCUUCGACCUGACACCGCUCAGCGUGUAGCAUUUCUGGCCGCACUGGCGAGUGUUGUCAUUUCAACCACACAAUACCUCAACAAAUGGUCAGCAAACAAUUGGACGACAGAUGACACCUGGGACUUCGACAAAGAGAUCAUUGUUGUCACUGGAGGAAGCAGUGGCAUCGGCCACAGCAUCAUCAAGCACAUUCUGGCCAGAACCCCUCGAGCCACCAUUGUCGUCGUUGACCUUGCCCCGUUAUCCUGGGAGCCUCCGAAAGGUUCGAAUAUCCACUACUUGAAGUGCGACCUCACCGAUGCCACGGCGCUCAAGUCGCUCUGUACACUCAUCCGAACUAAAGUUGGGGAUCCCACCGUUCUCGUCAACAAUGCGGGAAUCGCACGGGGCCGCACCAUCAUGGAAGGCUCCUACGCAGAUGUUGAGCUUACUAUCAAGACUAAUCUCAUAGCACCAUUCCUCCUCACUAAGGAAUUCCUGCCUUACAUGGUCCGCAAGAACCAUGGCCACAUCGUCAAUAUCGGGUCUAUGAGCUCAGUGGUCCCUCCAGCGAGGAUCGCCGACUAUUCGGCCACCAAGGCCGGGCUUACCGCGAUGCACGAAGCGCUCCAACUUGAGUUGAAGUACGUUCACAAAGCACCCAAAGUUCGGCAAACGCUUGGAAUAUUCGGCUUCAUCCGCACGCCGCUUGUCACCUUUGACCCCGGUCAGCCGCACUUUGUUAUACCUCUGCUCCACGUUGACUCAGUUGGUGAAGCCAUCGUAGACUCUCUAUACAGCGGCUUCGGAAGAACAAUCUACCUGCCUGGCAUUAUGUCAUCGGUGGUUGCUUUGAGAGCUGGCCCAGAAUGGCUGUGGCGGCUUGCGCGGGAGACCACUGCAAAAACAAAAGAUAUCAUGUUUACCCCUCGGCAGAAAAUCAAUGAUACUACUGGUGGGUUGGAAGCGAUGGAGCCUGUGAAG